AUGCAUAAUGCCUCAUUAAAUAAUACUCUCAAUCGCAGUGUUUGUUUAACACAAAUUAAAAAAUUAAUUAUUGAUAAGAGUCAUUUAAAUUGUGAUCAAAUUAUUGAAAUAUUAAAUUUGGUAUCUAAUUGUAAUACAUUAAUAUUGCAUACAAUUUUAUUUGAUAAACGUGAUUCUAUGUCAUUAAAACAAAAUGAAAAUUCUCAAUUAAUUUCAAAUACAAAUAAUAUGAAAAAUAUUACAAUUAAACAUAAAUGUUCAUUAAGAAAAGUUAAAUUAUUAAUUAAUCUCUGUUCUCAAUUGGAACAUUUAACUAUGGAAAUAUCAUAUCAAUCUCUUAUAUCAACUGUUAGAUUCUUAUUACGAAAAAAGAAAAAUAUUAAUACAAUUCGUCCUUUAUUUUCAUUAUAUUUCUUAAAAAUAGGAAUAAUAGGAACUGAACAAUUAAAGACAUUAAUCGAAUCAGAGAAAUUACUGGAUGAUUAUAAAAUAAAAAGAAUUCAUGAUAAUUGUUAUCUAUGGUGGUAA